AGCGACAGGAUGGGUGGCGGAAACUCCUGGGAGCAACCGGGCCCCGGAAGGCGGUGACCUGGAGGAAGGGCACUUUGGCUAAGGUGACAGGGGCAGGCUGUUGUGGUGGCGAAGGAAGUGCAGAAAGCAGAGGAUGGCGACACAGUCUGAAGAAUGGCUGUGCUGACAUUUCCUCCACAUCCUUGUUAACAUUAGCUUUGGUCCUUGUGAUAAAAGCCACGCCAGCAGAGCUAAGCCUGCUGGAGAAGCAGUACUUCAAAGAAACCCUGAUGCGACCGCUCCAGAUCCUUCCCGGCCAAUUCAUUUCCCAGCUGUGUUGUGGACUGAAGCCUCCAGCCUCCCCGCGAAGCAAGAUCUGCCUCACCAUGGCUCGUCCAAGUUCAAAUAUGGCAGAUUUCCGGAAGUGUUUUGCAAACGCCAAGCACAUAGCCAUCAUCUCAGGGGCUGGCGUUAGUGCGGAGAGCGGGGUUCCAACUUUCAGAGGAGCAGGAGGUUAUUGGAGAAAAUGGCAAGCUCAGGACCUGGCGACUCCACAGGCCUUUGCCCGCAACCCAUCACAGGUGUGGGAGUUCUACCACUACCGGAGGGAGGUCAUGAAGAGCAAGGAACCCAAUCCCGGGCACCUGGCCAUUGCCCAGUGUGAAGCCCGGCUACGUGACCAGGGCCGACGGGUUGUAGUCAUCACUCAGAACAUCGAUGAGCUGCACCGCAAGGCUGGCACCAAGAACCUGCUGGAAAUCCACGGGACCUUGUUUAAAACUCGGUGCACCUCAUGCGGCAAUGUCGCUGAGAACUACAAGAGUCCGAUUUGUCCAGCGUUAGCAGGAAAAGGGGCUCCAGAACCAGAGACCCAGGACGCCAGAAUCCCAGUUGACAAACUUCCCCGGUGUGAGGAGGCCGGAUGCGGUGGCUUGCUGCGACCUCAUGUGGUGUGGUUUGGAGAAAACCUGGAUCCUGCUGUUCUGGAGGAGGUGGACAGAGAGCUCGCCCUCUGUGACCUGUGUCUAGUGGUGGGAACAUCCUCUGUGGUCUACCCAGCUGCCAUGUUUGCCCCUCAGGUGGCCUCCAGGGGAGUCCCAGUGGCCGAGUUUAACACGGAAACCACCCCAGCCACCAACAUAUUCAGGUUUCAUUUUCCAGGACCCUGUGGGACAACACUUCCUGAAGCCCUUGCUCCUCAUGAAACUGAAAGGGUUUCUUAAUUGUCCUGUGGAAAGAGGAGAAGAUUGUGUAGCGCAUAACCAGGGCACUAACAGGAGAAGAGGUUUUGUGGAUGACAAGCUGAACUUUGGAAAACCUAAAAUUACCCUUUGAGCCCCUAGAGGACAAUCUGUGAAGGGAUUGGGCAUCAAAACGCCAACAGCAGUGUUUUCUUUGGAGAGGCUGAUGGACUGUCAAGUUCUUCCAUCUUAUUUGAUUUCAACUGAAAUAUGAGUAUUUUGGAUUUGCUGUUCUUGGUCACUUACUGGGAGGGAAAAAUUUGUACUUAAAUUGCUUGAGAAGAAGGUGAUUAUACAAACUGUUUGUUUGUAUCUUGGGCAAAAAUAGAAAUAGAGAAUUAAAACCCUAAAAGUUAAACCCUAGUAAAUUUUUUGGCACACAUUUUUGUGGAAAUGAAACCAUCCUUUAUAGUUGAUAACUUAUUGUAUAAGGAUGCUCUUCCAAGAGAUGUCUUUGUUGGGGGCUUCUUUUCCCUUUUCUUUUCAGUACUUACUUCGCUUGGAUGCCUUACCUUAAAGAAUAUGCAAGAACUCAUGCAAGGCAAGAAAAGGAACAGCCAAGUAGAAAUGUCAGGAUGAGAAAAAGAAUAAUGCUAAUCCAGGACGGAGCAGAUGAGCUGCCUCUGAGGGAAGGAAGUGAUGGGUGAUCAUUGCUGAAGGUGACAGAUGGAGAGCAUCGUCUCUGCUGGUCUACAUCAUCACUCAAUGUCAUAAAUGAAGGGGAACAUCAUCUCUGCUGGUCUACAUCAUCGCUUAGUGUCAUAAACAAGGGUAUGUGGUUUCUACUGGUCUAAGAGCUCCACUGGACCCUGAGAAUGACCUUUUUACUUUGCACUAUAAUAGCAAGAAUGCUGCACUGUCUCUGAACCCCACCUGCUGAUACAGCCCUGGGCUUGAACUGUGGCAGGGAUGUGAGGCCUAGAGAGGAGCAGUGGCCACUAGCGAAGAGGAUAAAGAUCAUACAUAAUGCUCUCCCUUGGGUCCAGUCAGUUCCCCAGGUCACGAUGCACCCGGGCUGCCUCCCCUCAGCCCGUCUCAGAACUCCACUUAUUUUAGUACUCCAGGCAUCUGUCAAUAGUUAGCUUUCUCAUGGCUGUGACCAAAAUUCCUGACAAAAAUUAAUUUAAAGGAUGAAGGGUGUAAGUGAAGAAUGCUUCUUCAUUUCCUGGCCGCCCAAACCCACAUAAUAAUACAGAAACUAUAUUA